AUCUCUUGAAACAGUGGAAGCAUGGGACUCUGAGUUCAGCCUGAUUCGACCAGUUGCUGCAUUGGAAGCGAGAAAGGGAUGACGGCAUCAUUGAACAUGGUCAGAGGAGUGGAGAAAUGAGCAGAGUGGCAAAAACAAACAAAGGAUUAAUGAUGGUAGGCAGGAAAUUGGAUGGAGUGCCGUAACAUGGAAACCAAACAAGCCACAUUUUCAGCCCAGAUGAGAAUACACGGACUUGGACGCCUCCUCACUCUGAGACAACCCCACACAAACCACUUGAGCGCAGUGAAUCCCAGGCUGCAUCAGCAGAAAUGGCUCCAGCAGCCAUGUCUGUGCCAUCAUCUUCUCUCGCCUCCCGCUGCCCUUCCCGCUUCUCCUCAUCCCUCCUCUUCCUCUUGCUUUCUUUCUCGCUGCUCAUGUCGUGUCCCGGAUCGGUCCACGCAAGUUCGCCGCAGAAAAACUGUACAUCUGGUGGAGACCCAUGUAUGGAAGGAGUGGUGCUGCCCGUGUGGAACCCCCAGAACCCCUCUGUGGGGGACAAAGUGGCGCGGGCCAUCGUUUACUUCGUGGCACUCAUCUACAUGUUCUUGGGCAUGAGCAUUAUAGCGGACCGGUUCAUGUCAUCCAUAGAGGUUAUAACCUCCCAGGAGAAGGAGAUCACCAUAAAGAGGCCAAAUGGUGAGACAACCACCACCACAGUGAGGAUCUGGAAUGAGACGGUUUCUAAUCUCACUCUGAUGGCGUUGGGGUCUAGCGCCCCGGAGAUACUGCUGUCUGUUAUUGAGGUGUGUGGUCAUGACUUCGAGGCCGGAUCUCUGGGUCCAAGCACCAUCGUGGGCAGCGCUGCCUUUAACAUGUUUGUCAUCAUCGCCCUGUGUGUGUACGUGGUUCCUGAUGGAGAGACUCGCAAAAUCAAGCACCUUCGGGUGUUUUUUGUCACAGCAGCAUGGAGCAUCUUUGCCUACAUCUGGCUCUACUUGAUUCUGAAUGUCUUCUCACCCGGAGAGGUGGAGGUGUGGGAGGCGGUGCUGACCUUCCUCUACUUCCCGCUGUGCGUGGUCCAGGCCUGGGUGGCUGACCGACGCCUCCUCUUCUACAAGUACGUCCGCAAGCGUUACCGGGCAGACAAGAGCCGCGGCAUCAUCAUUGAGACUGAGGGAGGGGCAGAUGGAGGGUUUGGAGGCAUGGGCGGAGGAGGAGGGGCUCUGGGUCCGGGCGGGUUCACCAAGAUGGACAUGCUGGAGCUGGACGGACAGAUGGCGCUGAACUGUCACAGUGGGAUGGACGGCGGACUGAUGGAGGACGGAGGAGCCAAGGACGAGGAGGACGAGGCGAGGAGGGACAUGGCGAGGACGCUGAAGGAGCUAAAGCAGAGGCACCCGGACAAAGACAUGGAGCAGCUGAUUGAGAUGGCUAAUUAUCAGGUCCUGAUGCAGCAGCAGAAGAGCAGAGCGUUCUAUCGUAUCCAAGCGACCAGGAUGAUGAUUGGAGCCGGCAACAUCCUUAAGAAGCACGCUGCCGACCAGGCUCGCAAGGUGGUGAGCAGCCAUGAGACCCAAGCCCAGGAGGACGACCCUCACACCAUCAGGAUGGAUUUUGAACCCUCUCAGUACCAGUGCUUUGAAAACUGUGGUUCCUUGAAACUGACAGUUGGCAGACACGGAGGAGACCCUGGAGUUACUGUGAAGGUGGAUUAUCGCACAGAGGACGGUACAGCAAACGCAGGUUCCGAUUAUGAGUUUGCGGAGGGAACACUGAUGUUUAAGCCCGGCGAGACCCUCAAAGAGAUCACAGUUGGAGUGAUUGACGAUGACAUCUUUGAGGAGGAUGAGUAUUUCUACGUCCACCUCAGUAACCCAAGGCUGGCUGGUUAUCCUGAGAUUGGCACAGUUCCUCUGGAUACUAGUGUCGCGCCCAAAGCCGUGCUGGGUGACAAUCACACAGCCACAGUGACCAUCUAUGAUGACGAUCAUGCAGGUAUCUUUACCUUUGAGAGUGCCAGUCAGAGGGUGAGUGAGAGCGUAGGUGUGAUGGAAGUGAAGGUGCUGAGGACUUCAGGAGCCAGAGGCCUGGUAGCCGUCCCCUAUCGCACCCUGGAUGGCACCGCAAGAGGUGGGGAAGACUACGAGCUGUCUGCGGGCAAGCUGGAGUUUCAGAACGACGAGACGAUGAAGAUCAUUGAGGUGAAGAUAAUCGAUGAUGAAGAGUAUGAGAAAAACAAGAGUUUCAUCAUCGAGCUGGGGGAACCGGUUCUGUUGGAGAUUGGACAGAAACACGGUGACUCCAAUGAAAACAAGCCUUUAGUGGGAGCUGAGGAUGAAGAGGUGGCUAAAAUGGGCUGUCCCAGUCUGGGUGAACACACACAAGUAGAAGUGGUCAUAGAAGAAUCCUACGAGUUUAAGAAAGCAGUGAAUACACUAUUUGGCAGAGCUGAAAAGAGUACGGUAGAUAAGCUGAUCAAGAAGACAAACCUGGCUUUGGUGGUGGGCAGCAGCAGCUGGAGGGAGCAGUUUGUCAAUGCUGUGACUGUCAGUGCAGGAGAUGACGAUGAAGAGGAGAGCGGUGAGGAGCGGCUGCCGUCGUGCUUCGACUACAUCAUGCACUUCCUCACUGUUUUCUGGAAGGUUCUGUUUGCCUUCGUCCCGCCCACUGAGUACUGGAACGGCUGGGCCUGCUUCAUUGUCUCAAUAUCGCUCAUUGGCGUCCUGACGGCAGUCACCGGCGAUCUGGCGUCACACUUUGGCUGCACGGUAGGCCUGAAGGACUCGGUGACGGCCGUGGUGUUUGUGGCGCUGGGAACAUCAGUGCCAGACACAUUUGCCAGCAAAGUCGCGGCAAUCCAGGACCAGUACGCCGACGCCUCCAUCGGCAAUGUCACAGGCUCCAAUGCCGUCAACGUCUUCCUGGGUAUCGGCGUGGCGUGGACCAUCGCAGCCGUCGUCUGGCGCACCAGGGGCAAAACCUUCCGCGUGGACCCGGGCAACCUGGCCUUCUCCGUCACCCUGUUCACCAUCAUGGCUAUGGUGUGUGUGGUCACACUGCUGUACCGGCGGCGGGCCAAUGUGGCCAACGGCGAGCUGGGCGGGCCACGGACUUGCAAAUUGCUAACGUCACUGAUGUUCAUCUCGCUGUGGCUGGUUUACAUCAUGCUGGCUUCACUGGAGGCCUACUGCCAUAUACCACUGUUUUAAAUGGAGAGGUGAGCGGAGGGAGAGAGACCCACUGCCAACAUGAAGAGGACAGAAGGAGGAAACACGCACAGAGAUGACGAGAGGAGGGAAAUAUUGGGAGCUUUUUUCCGGUGGAAUCAGCAAAUCUUCAAAUUGACUUUGUACAAGCCCAAAAUAGCCUUUUUUCUUUUUUCUUUGAGUGUUUGCCUCGUCAGCGUGUAACAUCAUGAUAAACUGACACCAAUAGUCUCUGGUAGACAUGGAGGCCCUACCAUCACCGUCUUGGAUGCAUCAACAGCUCAAUUAAGAAUGAUUCACAGCGUUAAUGACUAAUAUUAUUGCAAUAUGUUCCAGGUUUCUCCCAAACAGCCAAUCAGCCAGCGGAGCAAGGAUGAUAAGAGAAAAGAAGCUGAAGGCAAACAAAACUAAAGACAAACAUGGCUCUUUAUAACAUUAAUGGAAAGACGACAGGAAGGAAGGACUCCCUCCUCAGUUCCUUUUGGAUCUCCGGUCGUAACUGGAUCCCAAUGUCGUGGGAACAGUGGAUCCUCCCAUCAUACAGUUGAACGACUGCAGUGAUUUAUGACCUUAAACCUCCCUCUGUGCGCACACACACACACACACACACACACACACACACACACUUGGGGACCCUCAGUUGAUCCUACAACAGAGGACGAUUAACCAAUUGUGGGCAAGAUGAAAACUGACAUCCUUUUUUUCUUUAAUCAUCCUCCUUUUAAUAACACUGUGCUAAAUGGAUUAUUCACACACAAACACACACACACACACACACACACACACACAUACUGUACAAACCCCUUCCCUACUUCCCUCUUGCCGUCGUCUCAUAGUUGUGAUGAUGAAACGCUGUAGUCACCACACCAUUGAUCCAGUCUCAAGCCGCCAUUCUUUCAACAGCGUCGUUAUUCAAAAAAAAACAAAAAAACGUACCUUGCCCCCUUUUUUCUUAACUUUUCAAUGGCGUCAUGUGACCUGUUGAUGUUGUUACCGUGCAAUUGUACAAAAAAAGAAGAAGAUGAAAAUAAGAUAUUUAAAUACAGUAUGUUGCGAUAAGGAUUAGGAGAAGAGAGUGUUCACAAGAAGACUGAUGAGCGUCUGGAAAAAGUGGAAUCAAAAACUUUGGAGAACCAACAAGGAAGCAGUCUACUUUAUGUCUUGUGUCAAAGUAGCCAUCUGUACUGUUUACAAUCUUACGUUUUUCGUGAACUGCAGGGAAAACAUGAACAAGUGACGUCUAUAAACUAAGACACGAGGAGGACCGAUGAGACAGAAGAAUCUCAGACUAUGGCGGUGAUGUCGAUGGUGAAGAAACCAGUGUUUCUAUCUGUACAUGGUAGUAUACGAAACUUUUAAAGAUGUGUGUGCAAAAAAAAAAGAGAAAAAAAACCUCAACUGAUAUUUAAUUUAUGUUAAGUCUUUCUCUUUGUAAGGAAAAACCCACGGCGGGAGAUUGAGAAAGGCCCCGCACGCUCCGUCCUUCUCUGAUACAAAGUUGAAGGAGAUCAUUUAAGGGAAAGCAGCUGUGAGAUGGUGAACAUGAAUCCAGAGAUGACUCACACACACGGUAGAGACCACUGCUCUGAGGGGAAUGUACGGCAGUUCUAACGUUACUUUGUAAACACACACACACACACACACACUGUCUCUGUUAUCCAAAGGUUUAAUAGAAGACUGGUAGAGAACCAUCAAUUUUCAGUGUGUAGUUUGAUCUUAGUGUUAUUGAAUAAGCUGCCACAAGCUGCCUCUGUAGCUCAAACAAAACAACUAAUAAAAAGAGUCAUAAAUAUGUUCAGACUUAUGGCUAAAUGUGCUUGACCAUAGGUACUUUUUAUAGGUGUGAGCCUUUAUUCUAAGACGUGCUAUUUAUUUAGUUUCUGUGAAAGGUUUGUUCAUUUAAACAUGUGGAUAACGCCGGUUUCUGAGCUGGAGAUUGUUGGGUCCGUCGCGGCUAACUACUUAGCAAGAGCUGCUAAUGUUGCUAAAGCGCUGGUGAGGAGAUUGUCGUUGGUGUCCGUCAAAAACCAUCAGUGACGGACGGAGGACAACAGCCUCGUCUCUGUGUAGUGUUUGAAGUAAACGUUUGUGAUUGGAUUUCUCACGUUCUGCCACGCACAACGCGAGCAAAGCAGAAUGGACCCACAAUGCAGUUUGGCAUCGAUCGAUCGACUCUCCAUUCACCGCGUGCGUGAGUUCAGCGUAGAAGCGAGUACAGGCCGUCAAAUCAGCUUCAAUUCAUUUAACGUCACGUGUGAUGUGACAUGAACUUCUUAGACUACAUUUAUAUGAUGUUUAGCGGUUGGACUGCAGCGGGACAGAAGGGGCAGCAUGAGGCUUGUCGGCGCGUUGUAAACAAAAGCAUGGAUGCAGAAAGAGGAGGUGAUUGUUCCUCACGACUGCCCACAGUGCUGAGUGUGAACGUGAAGGUGAAUUCUCUCCAGAGGAAACGGUCAUUUAGACUGAAAACAACAAUUUACCUGCCCGUCAUGUAACGUGUAUCGUGUUAAAUAUGCAAACAACUACCCACUGAUUUCAGCAGAGAGAGAGCGAAGUGGUGUCUUCUCUGGUGUGUGAGAGAAGAGUGUGUUUUGGAGAAAAGGGUCAUUGAUCAGUGAGAGUAAAAACUGUCUGUAUGCAUUAACCUCCUCUUGAUACAUCAGCUUAUUAGUUACUUACUACAGUCUAAUCUGAGCCUGAGCCCUGAUUUAUUAAAGCCUUCAUUCAUUUACAUUAUUCCAACUUGCUGAGUGAACUGUGUGUAGUGUACUGUAAUGGAUGCACACACACCACUCUUACACAAACACUGUCCUUUCUGUAAAUUUAAAAAGUUACUUUUAUUUUAAUUGAGUUCCAAGAGAACACAAAUUGCAAAAAAAAUCUUGUUAAAUUCCUCCUGCAGGUGGUUCUGGCCCCUCCUUCUUUUUCAGACAAACAACCACCAACAUCUGAAUGUUUUGGUCAUAUUUAUGAAAUUGUCACUUAACGGAGACGUUCAAGAAAGCCAAGGAAGUAUCUUUAAAAGAUGAACAAUAAUCCCCAGACCGUGAUGCUGGUCUUUUCAGUGGCUCCGGCCUUGAAUGCUGACAUGUUUGGAUCAAUAUCCUCCAUCAGAACUCUCAUGAAUAAACCUCCUGCAGUCACGUUGUUUCUGUCGUGCGCAGCAGACUGAAGUUGACGUGACACAGGUCAUGAGCCUGUUGCCAGUUUUGACUUGACACACACAUGUUGGCAUGGCGACUGGCCCAGUCUUCUUUCUAAUUCCUUUUUUUUUUUUUUUUUAUUCCCUCAAUGACCUCACCGUCUGUGGAACGGCUGCCAGUGUAAGACAGAGCGCUGUGGGAACACAAGAAUGCUGCGGCUGAUUUAGAAAUGUUGGCUUUUAAAAAGGUUGAUAAGCCUUUUUGCUGGAAGACAGCUGUGUGUGUGUGUGUGUGUGUGUGUGUGUGUGCAUGUGUGUGUACAUGUAAAUGCACGCGUUCUAAGUGAGUGUAGAAAUGCAACCAUAUUUUUAGUCUCUUGCCUGUUGCUUAGUGACCAUCUCUCUGCAAGCCGUUGUCUUCUUAGCUGGUGUGUGUGAGGCACUUUGUUCCUGUGUGUGUGUGUGUGUGUGUUUAUCCUCUAAUGGGUCUCACUGUGUCUACUUGCCCUUUUCCUUCAGGAAAUGCAUCAUAGUUUUUCUCUCUCUCUCUGAGGGUGAUUUUAACAUAUGUUCAUCAUGUCUUCCCUUGUUUGCAUGUGUGUUCAUUGUGUACACACCUGCAUGUGUAUUUGUGACUGUGUGUGUGUGUGUGAUUGUGUUGUAAUGAGGCUUCACCCCGCGUGUCCCUGGCUGAGUCCCAUACGCUAGAUGAAUGAAUCAGAAUGCCGAAAUGUCCGGAAAUUUGAUGUGUGUGUUCUUGUAUUAGUUGCUUUGUGAGGACCAAAAAUGGUAUAAACCAAACGUAGUGAGGACAUUUUGGCUGGUCCUCUUAUCUUUUAAAGGGCUUUUAUGGGGGUUAAGACCUGGUUUUAGGGUUAGGGGUAAGGGAUUGCAUUAUGUCUAUGAGUGUCCUCACUAGUGCAGUCUUGUAUAAAGUACCAUAAAGGGACACUUGAGUAAAAGUACAAGUAUCUUGAACAUGAGAUUACAUGACAUUUACUGUACUUGAGUAUCAAAAGUCAUUUUCUGAUAUAAAAUGUACUUAAGUUUUGGAAGUAAAAGUCUUAAAGUGAGAAGUAAGGAUGGAGCCAUUGUAGCUCAGUGGUCGGGCGAGUUGUGGGUUCAGUUUCCGGCUCUGCUAGUCUGGCCUCUGCGUGUCCUCUGCGUGUCCUUGAGACACAGUUACGUCUUCACUCACUAUUUAAGCGUUAAUGGUCCGUUCUCCGGAUGAAGUCGUCACUCCGCUGAAUUCUAGGGAUUGGCAGUCCCUCUAACUCUAACUGUCCAAGAUGAAAACACAACUCCUUUGUGAAGUGAAGGUUAUGAAAGUAAAGACAGAUACGUGUGUGUAUGUAUGGCAGUGCCACCAGUCCAGACAUUCACCAUGAAAAAGUAUGUAUUUAAUGCAUAUUACUGAUAUUCAUGUGAAGCUUUCAUGUCAUGUUCACUAUGUCUAUCUACAUCCUAUGAAAAUUGUGAGCUGAUCGUACACUCACUGGCUGCUUUAUUAGGUACACGGGUCACAAAGGUCAUUUUAAAUCUCUUUCAACUCUGGUCAGUGACCUUGACCAAUGUCGACUGACCAAUGUCAAUCAGAUAAUCUGUAGUUGAACAUGUGUGCCUAAUAAAGUGGCUGAUGGAUAUAUUAUAUACAUAUAUAUAUAUAUAUAUAUAUAAGACUGUGUGUGGAGAGACUGCCAUUACUACAUUGGUGUUAUACACAACAUUUACUCAUCCACUGUUUAGUGAACACACACACACACACACACACACACAGUCAGGUGGUGUGUACACUGGCCCAGUGAAGUUGAUUCUCAGACGUUUGUGUGAGUCUAUGAGUGUGACAGCGUUCUUAAAAGCAACACACUUUUACAUGAGCCUUGUUAUCGUAUGCACAUUUCAAGCGUGCGAUCAUGUGGUCGACACCAGAGGUGUUUCCAUUUCAAACUAAAUAAUCCCGUCGUUUUACGAGCUGAUCUGAAGCUCGUCAGGUUUGUUUAAAAAAGCAGCUGCUGCUCCUGUUUGUAAAUUCUCCCACUCAAAUUCUAUUCACAACAUUCUUUUUUUCUUUUUUCUUUUUCAAUGUGACUGAUUUUAUUAUCGUUCCUCUCGGAUUAUUUAACAACUUAAUUGUGAUCGUGUAUAAUUUGCCUGUAUUUAUCCACAUAAUUAAUUUAAUGUUUUCCUUUAGUAUUUAACGACGAGAUUCUCGAGCAGAGCACGGUGUCGACACUGCGCUUCUGUGCUUUGGUAAAUGUUGACAUUGAUGUAAAAUAUAGUAAAUAAUGAUGAAUAAAUUCAGUUUGACGCCCCAGAACACCGUGGUGAUUUACCUUUAUGUUUGAGCCACUCUAAAUGUAUGUUGUUUUGACUUUAUUUACUUCUAAUGCAGUCCUAUUUAUGAUUUCACAAAGUGCUUUUGAUAUAAACACUUGGUAUUCUUAAUUUUUUCUUUUUAUUAUAUUAUUGACGUAUUUGUCUUUAUUGUUUUGUGUUUUCCUCAGAGAGUGGAACAACUGUGUGUGUGUGUGUGUGCGUGAGGACGUGCAUUUCUUCAUAUCAUUCCAUCAUAUCAUGAGUGUGUCGAUGCAUGAAUUUAGACUCAUUCUGAAUACAAUGUUGGUGUUGGAAAUGUCGUAGUUAAAGAGUAAAGAGUAUUUUUAAAAUGCUGAAAAUGACAUGACUGGAAAAGAUGUUCUAUAUGUUUACAAAGACCAAACUUUUUUUUCUCAAAGAUUAAAUAAAACUUCACUGGCAAAUGCUCACAA